GGGAGAAACAUCCACAAAGUACUUAAAAUGUUGGUUGAUUCAAAAAUAAUUUUUGGUCAAAAUAUUUUUAUAAAACACUGCAACUAUAUAAAGGAAAAACACACCCAUUGAGAUCAAUAAAUUUACAGCUUAGAAAAAAAAAACGUUUUAAAUAGAACACAACAUUUCCCCUUUUACUUAAAAAUGGUACAAUCUGUUAGACGCGCCUUUGGUGGGAUUUACCCAGAUUUUAGUCUGUCAGGUAUCGCUUACUUUAGUUAUUGGGUUAUCCACCACAAGUCAGAAAGGUUUUAGAAUUUGAAAUAAAUAGUUUGAUAUCAAAUUUGAUUGAAAACGACAGGUUAUCGUGCUUAUACAAGAAUGUGAUCGUCUAAGAAAAAAUAAACAAAUGUGUUUCUGAGAGUCAGUAGACGGGUUAAAAAUGACUCCUGUGUAAACUAGAACGGUUUUAGAGCACCGUGCUGGUGCUAGCACAGGCUACGGGGUCCUGUCAAAAGUCGGCAUUUGGGCUGCAGGCAGCGGUAUGGCUUUGCCUUACAGGUUUUGAUCUUGAACUGGACCCGUUUCCUGUUGCUCUCUGGCCCUCCCUCCCCCCUCAUCCAUCCACCCAGCCAGGCAUCCAUCCAUCCCGAUAGCUGGACAGCCACAUCCGGAGACUACUCCUGUCACAAGAAAAAUAAAACCACAAUCUCCGCCCUAAGCCAAUGAGCAGUCAGUCAGUCAGUCAUUGCGCAAGCAUAAGAGACUGUCCUUUGAAAACUGGUUCCUCUUAAUUGAAAAACUCCAAUGCAGAGGCAGAGAACAGCUCCUGUUUACUGAAGGUGGCGGCCACAUUCUUCUGUAAUCGCACGUGUUUAAAGUACUUUCCUCUUGGUUUGAACUUGGACCGCGCCACCAUGACUUCAGAGUGGGGUGAGAAAUCCACGGCGGACCUCAUGAGCGCAUAUGUCUCCAAGGAAGCGGGGUUCGGGGUUCCUAAGGAGGGAUGGCGCAUCUGUCUGGCGCACGUGUUUAAGGAGAAGAGGAAGCCCUUCCAGGCGAAGGAUGUCUCCUUGUCCAACCUGUGGGAGCACAUUGGCCUUGGAAUUAGGUAUUUAAGAUGGUGGUACAAGAAGACCCAAGUAGAAAAAAAGGCUCCUUUCAUUGACAUGUUUCAUGCCCUGCCCUUGCGCCAAAUCUACGGUGCUCCACUGGGUGGGAUUGGAGGAGGAACCAUCACAAGGGGCUGGAGGGGGGAGUUCUGCAGAUGGCAGCUGAACCCUGGAAUGUACCACUACAAAACUGUAAUAGCCGACCAGUUUACCGUGUGUUUGCGGCGGGGAGGACAAACUGUUUACCAGCAGGUGCUGUCUGUGGAGCACCCAUCCACGUUACAAGGCUGGAACUGGGGUUACUGUGGGGAGUACGCUUUCUAUCACGCUUUGUAUCCUCGCGCCUGGACUGUGUACCACCUGCCCGGACAGAACGUCACCCUCACCUGCAGGCAGAUUUCUCCAGUCAUUCCUCACGAUUACAAGGACUCCAGUCUCCCCGUGGCUGUAUUCGUAUGGGACAUAGAGAACAAGAAUGACUACGCUCUUGAAGUCUCUAUUAUGUUUACAAUGGUGAACGGGUCGGGACACAAGGACGACAGCAGCGGUGGACACUGGAAUGAACCUUUUCACCUAGAGAAGGAGGGCAAAGCACUGUCGGGGGUGUUACUCCAUCACUGCACAGCAGUGAACCCUUACACCCUAUGCAUCUCAGCUAGAGAGCAGCCCGACAGAAAGGUCAGUCACCAGACGGCGUUCAGUCCCAGUGGGACCUGCAGCGGCCUGUGGAGCGACUUGAUGACCGACGGGCGUCUCGACUCUCCUUCAGGAUCCAGCCCACCAACCCAGAAAGGAGAGAAGGUAGCGGCUGCACUCGCAGUGGGGUGUUCUGUGCCAGCUCAUGGCCAUAACGAUGUGGAGUUCUGCCUGGCUUGGGACAUGCCCCUAAUCACCUUUGGGUCAAGGGAGAGGAAACAUGUCAGGAGAUAUACUCGUUACUUUGGAAGCAAAGGGGAAGCCUCCCCCUCCCUCAGUCAUUACGCUCUGACACACUACAAAGAAUGGGAGAGAAGAAUCGAGGAGUGGCAGAGUCCUAUACUGCAGGACAGUUCUCUGCCCUCCUGGUAUAAGUCGGCUCUGUUUAACGAGUUGUACUUUGUGGCGGAUGGAGGGACGGUGUGGACUGAGCUAGCAGAAGAUGCUGAUGUUAGUGGCGGCGUGCGCAGUGAGGAUGGGGGUCUGCCGGCCCAGCCUGAUGUCAUCAAGGAGUAUGGACGCUUCGCUUACCUUGAAGGUCAAGAGUAUAGAAUGUACAACACAUAUGAUGUACAUUUUUACGCCUCCUUUGCACUUAUUAUGCUGUGGCCCAAACUUGCCUUGAGUGUGCAAUAUGAUAUUGCUGGCAGUGUUGUUCAGCAGGACCUGACAGAGAGGCUCCAUCUGAUGAGCGGGAGGUACUCUCCCGUCAAGACCAAAAACGUGGUGCCGCAUGACAUCGGAGACCCAGAUGAUGAGCCGUGGCACAGGCUUAAUGCCUAUCUGAUCCACGACACUGCAGGCUGGAAGGACCUGAACCUGAAGUUUGUGCUGCAGGUCUACAGGGACUUUCAUAUCACCCAGGACAACCAGUACCUGAAGGACAUGUGGCCCAUCUGCCAGGCUGUGAUGGAGUCAGAGAUCAAGUUUGACUUGGAUGGAGACGGCCUGAUUGAGAAUUCAGGAUACGCUGAUCAGACAUAUGAUGGCUGGACGGUUACUGGGCCAAGUGCAUAUUGUGGUGGGCUGUGGUUGGCGUCCCUGUGUGUGAUGUGUAAAAUGGCCAGACUGGUGGACACUGAGAGGACGUAUCAACAUUACAAAGACAUUCUGGACAGAGGCAGUGCUGCUUUUGACAAGCUCCUGUGGAACGGCAAGUACUACAACUAUGACAGCAGUGGGAGAUAUCAUUCCAACAGUGUCAUGUCAGACCAGUGUGCAGGUCAUUGGUUCCUUAAAGCAUCAGCCUGUGGGGAAGAAGACUAUCAGGCUUUUCCCAAAGAAAAGAUUCAGAGUACACUGAAAUCCAUCUUUGACUUGAAUGUGAUGGCUUUUGCUGGGGGCCAAAUGGGUGCAGUCAAUGGCAUGCGCCCUGAAGGAGUGCCUGACCGCUCCAGUGUCCAGUCUGAUGAGGUUUGGAUCGGUGUUGUGUACGGGCUGGCAGCGACUAUGAUCCAUGAGGGCAUGCGAGAGGAGGGGAUGCACACAGCUGAGGGUUGCUACCGGACAGUAUGGGAGAGGCUGGGUAUGGCCUUCCAGACUCCUGAAGCCUAUUGUGAGAAGAACAUCUACCGUUCUCUGGCUUACAUGAGGCCUCUUAGUAUCUGGGCCAUGCAGCUUGCUCUAAACAUGACACAAAAGGAUCAGGCCCCAACAACUGGAGAUUCGGAUGAGGUUGGAACAUGAAAUCGGAUUAUUCUGAUGUAGCACAGAUGAACCUCUCUUGCAGCCACCUCCUCUCAUCUGGACACUGCAACUCCUUGUUUUGACUGGUUAUCUAGAACCAUGGUGUUUGUAUGUGUCAUUUUUUAAGGACACUUUUUGAGAAGACUGCACAUCCAUUUGCACUGUUGGCUGUCAAGCCAGGCAUUCAGAAAAAACACUGCAUGAAUGAAAGGCUAGAAGACCAAGUAUUGGCUUCCAUUGUAUUGUUUUGCCAAUUGCAUUACCAUACCUGCAACAUGUUGAUAUAUUAUAUAUUUCUUCUUUUAUUUUCAAGUUGCUUAAAUAAUCAAUAAUGUGUUGGAAGAAUUUUGUACCUUGUUGCAUGCAAACCUUUACAUAAAUAAUAUAAAAUAUUUCUGAUGAUUAAAGUGAAUAAAUUAUGUAAAGGAUAAUAAAGCAUGUUUGUUGUAUUGUUUCAUA